AUGUCUGGAAGAGGAAAGGGCGGUGGGAAAGCUCGCUCCAAGGCCAAGUCUCGGUCGUCCCGGGCUGGCCUGCAGUUCCCGGUGGGCCGUGUUCACAGGCUCCUGAGAAAGGGUAACUAUGCUGAGCGUGUGGGUGCCGGAGCGCCGGUUUAUCUGGCUGCGGUGCUGGAGUAUCUGACGGCUGAAAUCCUGGAGCUGGCCGGCAACGCGGCCCGGGACAACAAGAAGACCCGCAUCAUCCCCAGGCACCUGCAGCUGGCCGUGCGCAACGACGAGGAGCUCAACAAGCUGCUGGGAGGGGUGACCAUCGCUCAGGGCGGGGUGCUGCCUAAUAUCCAGGCCGUGCUGUUGCCCAAGAAAACCGCCGCUGGGGGAGCCGCUAAGAAGUGA